AUGCCUGCGUUCCCGGAAUGUCACGUAGUACCAGGGUACGCCUUCUGCAUGACAGCUGUAGAUUACUUCGGGCCGAUAAACGUGUUUAGUGGUACGGUUAUGAUAAAAAGAUGGGUCGCCUUAUUUAUCUGUACUACAACUCGAGCAAUUCAAAAACUGUUGUUGCAAUGGAGCAGAACACAGCAGUAUUUAGCUAUCUUUUGGAAGUUUUGGCAAAGAGACUACCUGAAUAUGCUUCGCGAACGCACACAGCGCUUCCUUAAAGGACCUCAUAGUCAAACACUUCGGCCACCUAGGAUUGGUGAGGUUGUGCUUCUUAAGGAAGAAAAAAUGCCUCGCGGUUCUUGGAAACUUGUCAAAAUUACACAGCUCAAUCAAGGCCUUGAUAAUCAGAUUCGCACAGUUGAUUACAGACACAAGCAGGUCAAAAAAUAUGUCGGCCUAUUUCUUUACUGUAUCCACAGGAAAUUACGGAAACCGUAG